CUGUUCGGUUUUCUGCCCUUUGCUCCUCUCAUAUCACCACCCUCUUCCCUAUCCUUCAUCCGUUUUGUCUUCAAUAUUCGAUACACUCUACGAUGGCAGCACACCCCGAAGAUCCUAAAAGCUGGGUCGAAACGGUGGACCAUCUGGCAACUACGGAUCGGAAGCAGGAUCUUGAGGAUGCCGUCUUCAUCGAGAAGACGGACGAGGAGAAGAAGCUAGUGCGGAAGAUCGACUUCUUCCUUAUGCCGACGAUAUGGGUGCUCUAUGUGUUCUCUUACAUGGUAUGGGCGUCCGUAUGCAACGCCAAAGUCGCAGGAAUGAACGUUGACAUCGGCCUCUCGGACACACAGUAUUUCCUCACAAUUGUGCUAUUCCAAGUCGGCUACGUGGUGGCGGAGGUGCCUUCGAACAUGAUAAUGUCCCGAUGGCGGCCGUCGCUCUAUGUCCCGUUAUUGAUGAUUUGCUGGGGCACCGUUGCAGCAUCUAUGUCCGCCGUGGAGACACCUGCGCAGCUUCUCGGCGUGAGAUUCGUCCUUGGGAUUAUGGAGGCAGGCUUUAGUCCCGCUAUUCUCUUCAUCAUUUCUACUUGGUACCGGCGACACGAGCAGUCUAAGAGAUUCAUGAUAUUUCUGAGUGCAGGCAUUCUGUCGGGCGCAUUCGGUGGGAUAAUUGCUGGAGCCAUAACUGACUCGCUCAACGGGAAGUACGGAAUUGCGGGCUGGAGGUGGUUAUUUAUCGUCGAAGGCGUAGCAACCAUUGGCGCUGCUCUAAUCGCGCCCUUCUUUCUGCUCGACUACCCAGCCACAACAAAGAAGUUGACGCAAGCUCAGCGCGACCUUGCGGUAGCUCGGUUGCAAGCCGACGGAAUCACCAGUCGAGGAGAGACGGGCGAGCGAUCUGAAGUAACACACUGGCGAGCAUUCAUUCAUGCAAUCAGCAAUUGGAGGCUUUGGUUGCUAUGCGCAGGCUACAUGACCAUUAUCGGUUGCUAUUCACUCUCCUACUUCAACCCCACCCUCGUGAAGGGACUCGGAUACACAGCUGUAAAAGCACAAUACAUGACGGUCCCGCUCUACGUUGUCGCCUUCGCCAUCGCGGUCCCCACCUGCAUUAUCGCCGACCGCGUCCCUUCCUAUCGUCCCAUAAUGGCUGGCGGUGUGCUAAUCCUCGGAUCUGUCUUCUGUGCACUCUCUGCUGGCAUCUACGCUUACGUCCCACUCUACGUCUUCCUCUGUUUCAUCAACAGCGCCAUCUGGACCGCAAACCCACUGGCACUAUCAUAUGCUUCGGUCAGCAUGGGCCCUCUAGAGCCAGAGACGCGCGCGAUUUCGCUGGCUAUCAUCAACGGCAUGGGCAACCUAGCGCAGAUAUAUGGGAGCUAUCUAUUCCCCGGCGCUGAUGCACCGAAGUACUUGAAGGGGUUUGUGGCGUAUGCCGGACUUCUGUUCUUCGGGGCUGCCGUAUAUCUAGCAGCGUUCUUUCUGUUCAGGAGAUCUCCAUUCAAGACGAGGACAUAGUUGUUUCAUGCGAGAAUGUCUGAAAAGAAGAUUGAAUAUAUCGAGUUUCAUAUAUAAGAGAAAUAAAACGAGUGACGGGCCCCUAUUGAGAUAAGGAGAACUGAAAUAACAGCGUUCGGUGCUAAGACGUCGGCCUAAGCAUCCACCAUGGUAGAGCCAAACGGGAUCUUAGCGGUACAGGGUAACUGCCUUCUCUAGCUCACUCGUGAACUCUGUGUGACGCUCGAGGCCAAAGAUUGAAACCGAGUCCGCACGAACACGUAGCCCGCCAAAAGCCUGACGAGUCUCUUCCAGCCUCUCCAAUUUCGACCUCUGCCUGCGCGGUUCUUGGAAGCAAAGGUUGAUAAUCUCAGCCGUA